AUGGAACCUCAGGCACCAGUGAUCAUUAUGAAUCAACCUGGGUAUUGUCAGCCAGCCCAAACCUCCAAGUGGCAAACUGGCCUUUGUGAUUGCUUCAGUGACUGCACAGUCUGUCUUUGUGGCACAUUUUGUUUCAUGUGCCUUGGAUAUCAAGUUGCAGCUGACAUGAAUGAAUGCUGUUUGUGUGGAACAAGUGUCGCAAUGAGGACCCUCUACAGGACUCGAUACAACAUCCCUGGAUCCAUCUGUGGGGACUUCUUUUCAACUCUUUGCUGUCCUCAUUGUUCUCUUUGCCAAAUCAAGAGAGACAUCAACAGAAGGAGAGCCAUGAAUGCUUUCUAA